UUUCUAGCUACUCGUAAUGUGAAUUUACCCAAAAUUUUCAUCUAGUUUAUUUGGAAAUGAUAAGAAAAUGAACUUUUCCGAUUUCGUUGCCGUUCUUUUCGUUAUUGUUUUGUGAAUUUAUCGUUUUGUCACUUGACAGUGACAGUUCACUUGUCAAUGCUCAGAUUGAUUUGGCGAUAUUGAAAUUAGUUAUUUACAAUUUUAUUUCGUUAAUUACAAACAUUGCAUACAGUUGGUUGUGAGAUUAGUUAAUUACCAAAAGGUCAGUUCGAAAUGUGCGAAAAAUACGAUUCGAACGGCGAAUAUUACGACGACAAUUUCAAGCGAAAAUCGAAUUUCCAAACGAAAAUCGAAGAUGGUAACAGUAACACCGAAACAGCCGGUGAAAAUGACGAUGGCUCGGGCUCGAAAACGGGAGAAUAUAUCAAAGAAUUGCUAGCCGAAAAGAUAUUAAUCGACCAGGGUAGAUUGCCCAAUGCAACUAGAUUGUUGGAGCAAGAAGUUGCAAAAGUCCAAGCGGUGGGUAGAGUACCAAUAAAAGAAAACAAAUACGUGGACAUAUACAGGGAAAAACCGAUAAAAGUCACAGUCAAAGUACUCGUACCUGUUAAAGAACAUCCAAAGUUCAACUUCGUCGGGAAACUCUUGGGACCCAAAGGAAACUCGAUGAAACGCCUUCAAGAAGAAACCAUGUGCAAGAUGGCCGUAUUAGGCAGGGGCUCCAUGAGAGACAAAAAUAAAGAAGAGGAACUCAGGAAUUCUCUCGAUCCCAAAUACAGUCACUUAACGGACGAUUUACACGUGGAAAUCUCAGCGCUCGGUCCACCAGCCGAAGCACACGCUAGAGUCGCCUAUGCUCUAGCAGAAGUUAGAAAAUACCUUAUACCGGAUAGCAACGAUCACAUUCGAUUAGAGCAAAUGAGGGAAAUGGAAAGCGAAAGGGAAGUGGGAGAGGAAAGGGAGCCCAAAAUACGCAGACCGCCCCCGAGCAUCCCCAGACCACCGCCUCCCGCCAGCAUGUCUCACGGUCCGCCGCCUCCUUCCGUGCUGCGUACGGCCACCAGGGCUCCGAUGUCCACACCGAGGGUGAUGCCUGCGAAAACUAAAAUCAUGUCGAUACUCGAUCGAGCUCGGGUGGCCAUGGAGGAGAGUUACGGCUACGACGAGGAGUACUACAAUUCGUCGCCUUCGUACGAAUAUUCAUCGAGGAAUCCGUACACGAGCUAUCACGAUGACUACGACGUGGAUUAUUACAAGGGUUCUUCGAGUUACGUGGUGUAUUUUUCCAGUCCCAUUAUUAUUAUUUUUUACUCAAAUAACGCAUGUAGAUGGAUUUUCCCCGUUCAUUUUCUGGUUUUAAUCGUUGAAUUGCAUCGAAAACUGCGCCAUAACUUGUUCGGGCAAAUAACUUAUUUCUAUUCUAAUCGGAGAUAUCAAAAUCAUCCUAGGCAAAACAGACCGCACUCGUCGAAAAAUAAUUCCAAUUGGAAAUCAUCACCGUCGAAGAAACUGGGCUAAUGAGGAUUGAAUUUCGCGAGGAUGGUUUUUAACUAUUGAGUGAUUGAUUGAUUGAUUGAUUGGUCGAUCGAUCGUACUAGUAACGGUCCGUUUUUCGGUAAAAUGAUGAUCGAUUGCGCGAUUUAAUUGGUAGCUAUAACGGCUUUAUUUUAUUGUAAGGGUUGAUUCUCAAUUCGGAACUAAUCAAAUUGUUUUUCGUAGCUUAUUAGAGUUCUAAACAGUCAAUACGAUGUCUAAGUAUUGGUAAAUUAUAUUAUUUUUUAUAUGUUUAUUACUGACUGAUUUUAUUAUAAUCAGCUAAUAUAUUUUUAAUUCCUAAUAUUGUAUAUUUUCAAAUAAAUCAUUAUUUUAA